AUGGACCCAAAAUGGUUUCCAUCCUCGAAUCGACCUGUUUAUCCCACAGGUCUCGUCCAAGCAGGCUGUACUUUGAUAGGCGUCACCUCGCUCCUCUUCCCUCAAGGACAAUUCCGAAAUGUUAUUGCUCUGCCGCCUCUGUUACUACUGGCAUGGAAUGUUCGUCAGCAUACAGCAGGCUCUCCAGAAGAGGACUACCUCACUGCCGUCAACGUUGUUAUGGCCAUUGCCAAAUACGUUGACUUUGCUGUCAUGAGAAUACCCGAGCAGUCCUGCCACAGGAUUGGACCUGACAAACACGUCGAGACUACGGAUGAGAUCAAUCGGAUGUCCCUCUGGCAAAAGUUCAAAUGGAGCCUGGAGCUGGCUUGCACCACAAGAGGCAUUGGUUGGGAUUGGCGUGUGAAGAAUGUUGAACAUGUUCCUCAUGGCAUUUCGAGACGGCAGUUUAUCCUGACACAAUUAAUCAAAGCAGGAGCUGCUUACCUCUUUAUCGACUUCUACCAAUGGUUUAUCCGUUCGAGCCCCUUCGGCACCACCGGUCCACCUCCAAAUUUGUUCAGCCUCCCAUUGAGGGAACAAUUCAUGUAUGGUUGGCUCCGCGGCUUUCAUAGCGGGUUCUCGAUGGCUCUGGGCUAUUAUAUCCUGGCCGUUGUCGCAGUCGGGACAGGUUUCUCCUCUCCUCAAUCGUGGCCGCCUAUUUAUGGCUCCUUUAUCAAAAGAGGAUACACUGUGCGCAAUAUCUGGGGUCGUUGUUGGCAUCAAUUUCUUCGACGUACCUUUGAAACCAGCAGCUCAGUGCUUUUGGCCCUGACGAUGGCCAAGAAGGGAAGCUCUUUCUCACGGUAUCUGCAGUUGUAUAACGGUUUCUUGGUGUCAGCUCUUAUUCAUCAUGCCGGGUCUUUGAACAUGACAUAUCAUGAAGCGAUCAGGUACCAAUUUAUGUUUUUCAUGGUUCAGCCUGUCGCAAUUACUAUAGAGGACUUUGCCAUCUACUAUGCGAGAAAGAAAGGUCUUUGUGACACAUGGAUGACGAGGGCUAUCGGCUAUAUAUGGACAUGGACAUGGCUCGGCUUUAGUCUGCGAUAUGCUGCUAAAUUCUACUUUGACCUUGGGCUUGGGGCGGCCCCUCAUCCACUUGUCGCCAAAUUCAGCGUCAUGGAUGUCAUCUGGACCACGUAG